AUGGAAUGCCGCCAAUGGGGAAUGAACACCCUGGAGGCGGACUUGAUCGCAGAUCUCGAAGGCGAGGAUGACGAGAAGGAUUCGGCAGAAGGAUUUGCGGUUCACAACAUUGAGAAUCAGGAGUCGCAGUUCGGGGAGGCGACGGCGCCCAGCAACCAAGGGUUACUCAGCAGCAUAGGUGACAGACGAGGGUCACGGAGUUCAGUCCCAAGCAUCAAUGCGGCAAGAGAUCGAAAUGGAGCUGAAGGGUGUGCCACGAGUUUGCGGGCAGACACUCAAAAUUCAUGUACUAAAAGCAGGGCUGAGACGCAUUCUCCUGAUCAUUUGUUUCUCUUGACACAGACAGGAAGGUCUCAGGUUAAGGCACUGUUAGCGUCAGCAGAUCGAGGAGACCUUCUAGGUGGAACGUUGCAGCUGAAUGUCCUAUGUCCGCCGACGCCUUCUAUUGGAACAGACCACGAGGCUUCAGCGAGAUCCGUCGAACACUGUGGUCAUAAAACUACGGGACAGUCACAACAACCGCAAGUGUCCGAUCAGGUGGAAACAUGGUGUACCGAACCGGAAUGCAAGACAUCGGCGCCAAGGCGCAGGAAUUCGUACUUCUCAGAUUAUUCUCGUGCGCCUCCUGAAGGUAACGACACUGAGACGCGUGCAGCCUAUUCACGUUCCUAUCAGGCAACGUGGGCGGCGAUGUGUGUCCCAGUUAAGCCGAGCUCUCGGAUGAGCGACACGGCUUCAGGAGAUGGCAAAACGAGGUCGCUACCAGGCUGCUGGGGAAGCAGCGUACUUUGGGAGGCAACAGAGAGCUCAACAGGCGGUGAUGACGAGGCUGGAAAUGGGAGUUCGUCGGACGCCGCUGUCCAACUGGACGAACCGUUUCUACUUCCCUUACUUUUGAAGUUUUUGGGUGUGUCUAUGUAUGGACGCUUAUGUUGUGUAAGCAAAAGUUUGAAGGAGGCAUGCGAAGGACGGUACCGUAGAGGCGGCAGUGCUGCCCAGCUUCAAGAAUCGGAAGAACCGCGGAAAGGAAAUCAAAUUGGAAGCACGAGAGAUGUUAAAAGCGCAUUCCCCGACGGGACGCCUUGGUCGCUGCUACCUGCGAGUGAAGGAACGCCGAGCGACGAAGGACGGGCUUACCCCGCUUCAAUCUCCAGUGCAUUUGAUGGUGCGUUUGCAUCAGAUAAUGGAGACUUCUGGCUUAGCUUUCUCAGGGACCACUACCCGGGGUCCUUUAGUGAGGAGCUUGAAUUUCUGGAAGGUUCUCGACUGCGCACGCCGGGCAAAGAAUGCAGUAACAGAGUGGUGAACGCUACACCGACGCUCCAGAUGCUUAGCACCCCUGAGGUCGCACGAUCGCAGGCCAGCUUCGUGUCCGGCGAUAUGGAAGUCAGACGAAAAAGGAUAGAGCGGGGUAGUACACGCGCUGAAAAUCAGGUGCUAGAAAUGCAGGAUCGGAUCCAAGGCGACGCUCCACUGGACGAAUUUGGUGCACGGCAGAGGGGCCGCCCUUCCAUGGAUCAUGAGGAUUUUGCGACAGGUAGUUUGCAAACGGAGAACGGCCAGCCGGGGCAUCAGGCGGUCUACGGGGUAGGGGGCAAUGCGGAAACAGGGAGAGACUUCAAACGUCGUCGAGUCGAUGAACGCUGUCCAAAUGAACCGUCCAACAGUGGGUCUUUCCUAGAUUCAUCAAACAGUGCCCGAGGGGUGCGGGACGUUGGUAGCGUCGAUGCACCAGUGCAGGGCGAGCUGGUGGAGCCACCCUUUUAUCGAGCAACCACGAGACCUAUGGCAGGCAACAGUUCCUUGUGUAACUUACUUAGUAUAGGACCGUCGGGGGGGACAGGUGGUACGGCUUUGACGUCGCCAGGACUACAACGGAACACUGGGCGUAAACAAGGUCAGGAGCCAUCCCACUGUGCAAAGGACGAGAGAAUGGAGAACUCCAGAGAGGGUGAAGAUUCAAGACAUGUGACUUGUGGGUGGAGAAAUAUACCACACUCCGGUCGGACAUCCCGAAACCCCGGGGACGCUGCCGCAGGUUGUCUGACACUGGCUUCACGUGGAAGGCCUGAGGGGGCUUCGAUUUGCAGUAGCGAAGACGCAGCGACUACCGCUGGGCCGAGUUCAUCGACUUGGCUGAGCAAGGACGAUGAAGGCAUGCAGAGAAGCGCCGGGUCUGCCACGCCGAGCACCGCUUUGCUGAGGGAAGGGACAGCGCACAGAGCAGGACGCGUUUCGGGGUUGGGCGACGAUAUCGAUCCUCUGCUGCUUUGUGUCUCCGCGCGCUUAAGCUGUAUGAUUCUGGUGACAUCGGCGAAGGUUGCGGAAAAGUGGCGCGAGCUCGGCCUCGUUGCUGGAUGGCGCUGGUUUCAGCGCAACGUGCUUCGACGGAUGACUCUGUCACAACUGAGGCAGUGGGUAGUAAAGGCAAAGCGGGCAUCUUGUAGCGCGUCCGCGUCGGCACGCCGGGUUCCGUCUGGAGUUGCGUACCCGUCCGAGGACGCCAUCGACCUGCCGGAAGGGGUGGCGAGAAGCAGCGACCACAUCGCAUGGAAAAUGACGACAGUGAACUGGGAGCUCUUCUAUGAGUCAGUGCAAACUGAAAUGGGCUACCGUGCUCGAAUGCUCGCAGAAAAGCUCUUUCAUUUACACCAGAGACAUGUCGAUGCAGUCGGACAAAUCGUCGAGGAUCGAUUUGAUUUGGAGCAGCAGCUAUUAUGCCUCCCCGUGUUCUGUGGGGACUCGAGGGGGACUGACAAUGCAGGACCCUUGUCGUCGUUCGGCACGCCGCAGUCGAGUAAAGCGGCAUCCGACGAAAUGCCAGGGAACCUUACACUUGUCCCCCGAUGGAAGAGAUGUGUGCCGCAGCUGCGGAGGCUUUCUGACGGAGCUUUUGCUCUUCUUAGAGCAUUGAACGAAGCCUGGGACGAGUACGAAGAGUGGGCAGAGAUGGCGUGCAACGCCUUAGAUUGUUUGGACUUUCGGAUCACUCAGGAAAGGGAGGCAUGUGAUCAGCGUUGGCCUCACACCCCGAAUCUCGGGGACGCCUCUAAGCUGCAGUUCAGGAACUUCUGCGUUCUCGAUUCCCGUUUGAUGCCCUGCAUUACCGCGAGUGUCUAUGCUCUAAUUCACGAGCUCGAAUACCAACUCAACCGGCCUUUAGUCAACGUUUCAAGUAAUCCACCAGCUUGUUCCUCGGCAGAAGGCCGUCAUUCCUGGCACGACGCGCCAGCAGCGGUCCGUACUUCAGGGAAACAACGCUUGCCUGGAGCGCGGGAGGUACAUGCGGCCAUUGAACGCGGGAGGAGGUGA